AUGGCGCGUCGCAGAGGUGGAUGGAUGGAAAUGGAGAUAGAGGGGACCGAGUUGCGCGACUCGCUCGGGGAGACCUGGUGCUUUCGCUGGAGAAGGCGACAGGGCGACUCACAACAGGAGGACCGCGAGAGGAGAUUUCCAGUGCUGGUCACGGGUGGUCACGAGGCCGCUCUGGGUGCUGACUCAGCUGUGUGUGCUUGGGCUUACGCCGAGUACCGCGCACUUUGA